UCACGCAAGUCGGCGGUGCACAAAUUCGCGAUCGUCCGUCCCUUCAGUAAUGUUUGCCAACAACGAAAUUAAUCAUGUGCGCCCCAUUUUGUAUUACGACGACAUCAAUCCACAUUCGCGUGCUGUGUUAAUGAUCUUGAAUAUGUUAAACGUCGAUGUAGAGUUGAGAGCAGUCGAAAUGAUCAAAGGCGAACACUUGAAGCCGGCAUACGCGAAAAUCAAUCCAGCCGGCACCGUCCCCACCAUGGUGCACAAGGAGCUCAUCGUCACCGACAAUGCAAUAUUCGCUUAUGUGUGUGAAAAUCACGGCAAUGACAAGGCAAAACAGCUAAUUGCGUUUAAUUGCUACAAACGGCAUUGCCGUAUCUUGUCCCGGCUAUUCUUUGAGAGUCAAGUGCUGCAUCGCAUCCAUGGACAAUUGAUGACUGAUUUAGUGCGUAAAACUAUUUAUGAAACAGAUGUUGAUUAUCAUCAGAAGAAAGUGGAGAACGCGUAUGAUGUGAUGGAGUCCUAUUUGAAAGAUGGUGAAUAUAUGGCAGGCUCUGUGUUGACUGCAGCUGAUAUUUCAUUUGCCGCUUGCCUCGGUGCGUUGGAUAUGAUGUUUCCCAUCGAGGCAGAUCGCAAGAGGUGGGAAAAGCUGAAUGAUUGGUUCAGGUGCAUGCGUUCACUGCCUGUGCAUAAAAUCAAUACCAAUGGAAUUGAGAAGCAACGUCGAGUCGUCGAAUAUUUUGCUAAGUUUCGAUUCGCAGGAGACGUAAGACUUUACACGACGGGCGUGCGUGAUUCACUUGUGCCGCAAUUCACUGAAACGCAGGCACGUUGUAGCAUUGGCGUGCAAACGAACACGGCACAACAAACCGAUUUCUCUGAUCAAUUUUCCGCUGACGACGUUUUACAACGAAAUCGAAUGGUGGAAAAUAGUGCAAAAGAUUUGGAAGUUGAAAUAUUCCCGCAAACAGCAGUUAUUGAUUUAUUAAAAGAAAUUCCAGCGUUAGAACUGACAGCCCUAAGCUCAGAAAAAGAUGACACACAGAGCGCACCAAAACAAUCGCCUGCUACGCUUAAUAAUCCGCAUCCGCCAGAAGACCGCUUAGUCCCAGAACCUGUGAUCAUUCCUGCAGCGCAAACUGAGACGAGUACUAUCGCAGAAAGAAGCUUUGGCGGCGAACAGAAAGAAAAACCACCAGUGCCACCAAGGCGGAAACGAAAUAGAACGAUUGUUAUGACAGCGUUAGAUGUCAAUGGAAAGAACUCAGAUAAUGAACCCAUUGAGGAUCCGAGAGGAGGUACUAAAGAGAAACCUAUAACGGCCACAUUAGAAAACCAGAAGAACAAGGACACACUAGAAAGUAAAAAUAAUAACUUGAGCCGUUUGAACGGCGGCGUGGAGCCUAUCGUUCCACCAGAACCGCCUGUCAGUGCUUGUCCCUUAACAGCAGUUAACAAGACCUCGGAAACAAUCAAAGAAGCCGGAAAGAAUUCGUUGCCGAUACCAGCUAAACCGCCAACUACAAGAGACGAGAAAAUGAAAACCAGCAGCGAACCCAAGCCGAAUGCCAACGACAAAAAUAAGGCCACUAAAAUACCGAUACUGCCGCCAGGCUCUCCAAUCAACGGACAGCAAGUGGCUUUGCAGUAUACGCGCGGUUCAUAUGCGUCUGCUGCACCAUCGCUCGUCGCGCCACCACCGACCCCGAAUAAUUCAUCGCAAGAUGUACAAAACGACUUUGAGUUCCCGCCACCACCAUCUGAGGUUUCGCUACAAAAUUCACGCGCAUGCUGCAAAGCGGUCCGAGCAACAAAAUUGAUCGUAUCUAAUAAAGUAAACGCAGAAUCUAUACGGAAGACUGUUGUAAAAAAAGCAAGUGGCUUUGCACGAACAGACAAUUCAAAGGUCUUAACUGAUUCCGUGACAAAGACUGCUGCCAAAAAGUCAACCGAUGUAAAGCCCAUAGCCGACAGAAACAGCGCCGUUACCGAUAACAAAAAGUUUAAACUUGUAAAGAAAACGAGACUCAUUGCCAGCGGUACGAAAUCGCCUAGUUCUCAUAUCUCGAUUGCAUCAUUGGGAAACAAUAAGGCUGGAAAGGUGCAGAAACCUUCGAAAGAAACAAACACCGCGCCAAAAUUGAUUAGAGCAGCAACGGGUAGACCUGUUACAAAAAGUCAGGACAGGAAAAUUCAAAAACUAGGAAAAGGCGGUGAUGUUAAAGUGGUUAAAAGUUCGGGUGCCACUGUGAAUGGCUGCAAAAGUGUAAAAGGAGGUUCGCUUAACUCUACUGGCACAGUGAGAAUAAAUACCAAGCCAACAGAAAAAAAGCGAAGAGUUGAGGGAGGUGGCCAUUGGCGAUCCAAGGAAAAAGCACCAUCAGUAGAUAUGCACUCCAAAAUUUUGGACACUGUCUUAAAAGAGCCUAAAACUGUCGAGGUGAAACCUGCAGGUCUUGUUCAAAAAUUGGAAGCGAAUUCCACGCCACCAAACACAACGACAGCUGAAGGAAAAGCGGCUUCCCAAAUCACUACUAAAGCCGUUAAAAAACAGUUGAAGCCAGCAAGCCAAGCACUCAGCUCAAAAAAUAAAGUAAACGUCUACCCUGCAAAGAUAACAGGAGACAAUAAAACUAAAACAACAAAAAUCCUCAAUACUAGGCCAUUGGUAGUUGGUGUAACCGCUUCCAAUAAAAGUCAGCCAAACGUGGAUACAGUAAAGCGGGCAGUGAUAAAAAUUAAAAAGAAAAGAGGAAAAGUUCCAAGUGUAGCGCAGUCUCUACCACUUGAAACACCUUGUGCUUCGAUAAAAGAACUGAAGUGCGUUGUUGGACAAAAUAGAAUACAACAAAAUGCGAGCUCGGCAACACUAACGCCCGACUACAGCACACCAGAAACCACUACCGGAAAAACAUCGCAGGCUCUAGCAGUUUCUGCAGCUAACCGCAUAGUGCAAUCGCCAAACGAAGCCGGACAUAUUUUGCCAACUAAUCCAUUUCCGCUUGCGGGCAAGAGGGAAGAAGUGACUUUCUCAGCUCUGAAAGAGGUACCAGCGAAAGUGGGACUGGUUGCUAAGACAAUGCAGACACUUGCUGCUGCAACACCAAAUUUUCGACCACCGGCCAUAAACAUAUUGAAAGUACUGUCCCCAAAGCCUUAUCCACUUUCCCCACCACUACUGCCAUUUCAUCACAAGUUACCACCACCACCGCUGCCAAACUUGUCACCAAACGACGGAAUGCCACAGGCAGGUACCGUAGCAAAGGCGCUGCAGUUUUUAAGCGCAGUAACCUCUGAAGCAAAUCCGCUUUGCGGUGCCGUUAAACCAUUCAGAAAAGCUGCCUUGAAGAUUAAAAGCAUGGAACAGCCAGCAUCAGCGGUGGUGAACAAUGGUGUCGAGGAAGCGGUUGAUGCAUGA